AUGCUGCGAAUAUAUAGCGGUUGCGACCUGAACAUCCUUUUCCGCGGCUUGAAGAGGGCGACACUUGCAAGGCUGAAAACGCAUGGCUUGAACGAGUACUUCAAAGGAAACACUGAACAGCAAAUGCUUCCGGCCACAGGAAGUCUGCCGGAGAAUAUCAGUUCAAUGCCCCGCAGGAGAGUGUUCGCCAAGGCAGCUCUCCCAGACAACUUCGAUGCACGAGAAAAAUGGGGCAAUUGCAAGUCUGUCAGGGAUAUAAGAACUCAAGGUAAUUGCGGAGCUUGUUGGGCUAUGUCAUCGGCGUCCGUCAUGUCCGACAGGGAAUGCAUUUUUUCGAAUGCUAAAUAUCAGCCUCUGAUUUCGACCGAAUACUUAUUGACAUGCUGUUCUAACUGUGGUUAUGGAUGUGAAGGUGGGUUUCCAUCAAAAGCAUUCAACUUUUGGAUGAACAGCGGAAUCCCUAGCGGAGGGCCAUUCGGCAGCGGCAUAGGAUGCCAGCCCUACCAGAUAGGCUCUCAGUGGUCUGACAGUUCUGCAACUCCACCGUGUAUUCAGCACUGCAUGACAGACUUCAGCUUGCCUUUGGAGAAAGACAAAUAUUACGCUCUGAGUUCAUACGUGAUCGUCGGCGACGACAAGCACUACAUGCAAGAGAUAUACGAAAAUGGUCCAGUCGUGACUACGUUCACUGUUUACGAAGAUUUUUACUACUACCAAUCUGGUACAAGCUUCCAUCAUUUAAUUGCGGCAUCAAAUGGCAAAUUCAUUCAUUAAAA